AUGGCUAAAUUCGUGCUUGCGGGUAGAGCAGACUGUCCAUUUUAUGCUAAAGUGGAACUUCUGGCAGACUAUUUACAGAAGAAUCUUCCUGAUUUCAGAGUACAUAAAAUUACACAGCAUCCUGAUGCCUGGGAGGAAUGGCUUAAAAAUAUAUGUGAGAAGAAUAAGUGGAAUCACAAGAAGUCCCCCAUCAUCUGGAGAGAGCUGGUGGAUCGUGGAGGAAAGGGUGUACUUUUAGGAGGCUACAAUGAGUUCCUGGAGCACGCGCAGCUUUACUAUGGCGUCACCUCGAACAUGACGAGUGAACUGAUGCUGAUGGUUGCUAAAGAAAACCUGGAGACACACAUAGAAACCGAGCUGGAGGAGAAAUCGCUGAAAGGACCCAGCAGCCCCCUGAAGAUAUGGAUCACCAGUGCAUCGACUUCUACCAGCUACAACCUGAUUCCCUUGUUGGCAAGCGGGGAGGUGUUUGGGAAGCAUACAGAAAUUAGCAUAUCUCUGUUUAGCAAUGAGGACAGAGAGUACCUGACCACCAUUCUGCUGGAGGCCCAGGACCUGUUGUCUCCAGUGCUGCAGGACAUCACCAUCUGCACACAGGUGGAGAAGGCCUUCCUUCAAGCGCACGUGAUCAUCCUCCUGGACGAGCCAGUGGGGAGGGAGGUGCUCAGCCUGGAAGACUGCAUCCGGAGCAACGUUCCUCUGUGCAGGCAGUACGCACGCCUGAUUGAGAAAAACGCCCACGAGUCCGUCAGGGUUGUUGUGGGAGGGAAAACCUUCGUGAAUCUCAAAACAUCCUUGCUGAUAAGAUACUCCCCGAGCAUCGCACACAACAUUAUCGCCGUGGCGUUGGGAGUAGAAGGGCAAGCGAGAGCUAUGCUGGCCAGAAAAAUGAAAACAACGCCUUCAGAAAUAAAAAAUGUGAUAAUUUGGGGAAAUAUCAGUGGAAACAACUAUGUUGAUCUGAGGAAAACUGUUGUCUACAGAUAUAAGAGUGCCAUUGUGGGGCCUCCUCACUAUGCACGACCUGUUCUACAUGUGAUUUUUGAUAGUGAGUGGAUAAACAAAGAGUUUGUGACAACUCUUAAAAACUUGUCAGCCACAGGGAAGCAAUUUGGAGGCAUUUUAGCUGCACACAGCAUAGCCACUACGUUGAAAUACUGGUUCCAUGGCUCACCACCAGGGGAGAUCGUUUCUUUAGGAGUAUUGAGUGAAGGGCAGUUUGGUAUUCCUGAAGGGAUUGUCUUUUCUAUGCCUGUGAAAUUUGAGAAUGGAACUUGGGUGGUUCUUACAGAUCUUGAGGAUCUUGAAAUAAAUGAACAAAUAAUGACCAGAAUGACAAGUGAUCUAAUUCAGGAACAUCUUGUUGCAUUUGGAGAUGUUUUAUAUUUUAAGCCUUACAAAUCAGGUAAUCUCUUAAAUGCACUGACAAAUAAAAAACUUAGAGACCUCAUCCAUCAAAGAUGA